CUAAUUAUCGAUCCGGGUUGAUUAGUGGAAAACUUCAGAGUUGCUUUCUGAUCCACAAUAACCGAGCACGCAAGGUCCUCCGCUCCCAGUUACCGGUCCGCCGUCGCCCCGUUUCUCUCGAGCCUCUACGAACCGUUAGACCGAGGAUCUAUGCGCCCAGAUCGCCAAAGAAAGGGCUUUUCUAUUACUCCCGGACUAGGAACAACUUUCAUUAAUACUGAGCCGGCAAUCUGGAUACUUACCGGCGCGCUGGCUCGCGGCGCGACGACGCGGUUUUCUUUAGAAUAGCAUAGGUGUGGCAAGCGGUGGUUGUCGCUUCAGCUUUCAACCCUUCCGUCAUCGGCUACACCGCGGAAUAGCACGCGCACUAGGUUUUAAGGGUCGAACAAUUUACCUUCGAUAUUUAAUGUCACAAUGACGGUGGAUGUACAGGAUAGCACCUCGGCGCCCCCAGCCGAUCGCAGAGGGCCCGAACUGGAGGCCGGAGGCGUCGGGGAACAGUCAGAGCAGUCCAAGAGCAAGAGCAAUGGCGAUGGAAAUGCGCCUGUGGAAACUGGCCAGAAACCAAACCCGAAGGAUCCAUCAAGACCGCGACGGAAGAAAGCACGGAGGGCUUGCUUUGCUUGUCAACGGGCGCAUCUGACUUGCGGUGACGAAAGGCCGUGUCAACGGUGUAUCAAACGUGGCCUCCAAGAUGCGUGUCACGAUGGGGUUCGCAAAAAAGCCAAAUAUCUUCAUGAUGCGCCAGAUGGAGCGUUGAUGCCUGGAAUCGGCGGGAAUUUCUAUAAUAACACGAUGCGGAAUAACUUGCCCUUGUCUAGAAAUGGCGCCAAUGCAGUUAAUGCCACUACCCAGCCGAAUUCCAGUCCCAAUUUCUACCCCACGCCGCAGUCGAACUCCUAUAGUGUCUAUCAGGAAAAUACUAUGAACCAAAAUUCUUUCACCUCGCAGUCCCCUGUUUCGCCGACCUUUACCCUGAAAACUAACCCAGCCGCUCGAAACAACAGCCUUUCAUCACAAGUUGGUCAGCAGCCGCCCAGCACCGGCGUGUCCGGCACGGCCAAUCCAAGCCAAAAUCCAUUUGCCGGGCCCUUCUUUGACCCCAGUGACCCGGCCCUCUUUAACUUUGACCUGUCCAGUAUGAACUUUGAGAACCGUUAUGGUGCGUUGGAGUUUGGCAUGCUUGGACAUAUGGCUACUGGGGCUGGUGACUCACCCAGUGAUUCCGCUACCCAGCGAGGCUCGAUGGGACGUAGUGGCUCGGCUCAAUUCGCCGGCACGCCGAUCACCGGCACUGCAACUUUUGGCGAGAGCCCUGGAGGUCAACAGCCGUUCAUUUUUGGCGAUCCUCUUCUGAAUGAAUGGUCCAGCGGACAACCCACGGGCCAAACUCAUGUAAAUGUUGGAGGCGUUUACCCACAGUCCGGCCAAGGAAGUGUAAUACCGGGACACUUGACUAAAGCAGAUGCACCACAUGCGUUUGCGAUCGAAAGCGGCCCUGGAGGCUUUGCUAGCCCCAAUGCAACGACCAGUCCUCAAAUGACGACAGGCUUUGACGACGCUACGUUCAGCAGUGCUGUGACAGCAAAGCCAAAUGGCCUCUCGGCAAACGGACCACGACCUACGAUCACGACACCGAGUUUAAAGCACCAAAACUUACAGGUUGGGGUUAGACGACGCCAACGGAACCCCUCAUCCAUAUAUGAGAACGUGAAGGAGCCGUAUGCCUACACCAAUCGUUUCCAUAAUCUGACCGCGUUCAUCCAGCGACGCUUUUCGCCACAGAAGACUUUGCAGAUCGCCAAGGCACUGGCGUCGAUCCGCCCGUCUUUCAUUGCGACGACCAAGACUCUGAACCGGGACGACCUGAUAUUCAUGGAGAAAUGUUUCCAGCGAACCUUGUUCGAAUAUGAAGACUUUAUCAAUGCCUGUGGAACCCCGACCAUCGUUUGUCGACGUACGGGGGAAAUUGCGGCUGUAGGAAAGGAAUUCAGUAUUCUUACCGGGUGGAAGAAAGACGUCCUCCUAGGUAAGGAGCCCAACCUGAAUGUCAAUACAGGUGGCUCUGUUCCGGGCUCGGGAACAUCGUCACGGAGCUUUACUCCACGGGGCUCCAUAGCGGAAAGCACUCCUGGUCGCCCGCAACCAGUGUUCUUGGCUGAGCUGCUUGAUGACGACAGUGUGGUGGAAUUCUACGAUGAUUUUGCCCGACUCGCCUUUGGGGACUCACGUGGUAGUGUCAUGACGACAUGCAAACUGUUGAAAUACAAAACGAAGGAGGACAUGGAGAAUCAGUCGGAUGACAAUCAGCGGUGGAACAGUCAUCUGCGCAAAGGAGGGAUCGCCAGUGAGGCGGGAAUGAAUCAGCUGGGCUUUAAAGACGGCAAAGUUGAAUGCGCAUACUGCUGGACAGUAAAACGAGACGUAUUUGACAUCCCUAUGCUUAUUGUGAUGAAUUUUUUGCCAUGCAUUUGAUUUUAUUUAUUGUAUUAUGGGUAAUGCAAGGUACCAUUGUUGCUAUAAUCCACAUGUACGGCCAACUUCUGGGAGGAUCAAAAAAAUGUUGUGUUCUCUGUUGUCUUGUUGCUUCCCUUGACUUUAUUGAUAUGCCCUUGUAUCCUGGCACUGGUACAUAAGUGUUUGUAUGAUUCCCAAGGGGCUGUUUAUAGGGCUCCUCUGUUUCUGAUUUUUCUAUUGUAUAUAUGUGGCUGCACAUAUCAAGGGUGAUAUAUUCUUGAACAAGCGAAGUACGCGACCCUAGCCUCUGAUUACCGGAGAGCGUAUCUAUAGUGAAACAAGG